GCUUGACUGAUCCUAGGCUUCCAUCAUGGCCCCUGUUGCAACCACUAUGAGUGCUGUAAAGGAUGGUAAUGCCGCAGUUGGGGCUCUGGGCAAGAGCAAAUCUGGAAGAGCCUUGAAAGUGAGAGCAUAUCCCAAAUUUGACUCGUUGGAAGAAGAGCGAUUAUACCGGAAGCAACACCUUGCGGCAGCAUACAGAGUCUUCGCCGAACGAGGUUUCGAUGAAGGAGUUGCAGGCCACAUCAGUGUGCGAGAUCCAAUCUUGACUGACCACUUCUGGCUCAAUCCUUUGUCCAAGCACUUCUCUCAGAUAUGUGUAUCUGAUCUCAUUCUCGUGAAUGAGGACGGCGAAGUAGUCAUCGGUGAAGAGCCGAUCAAUGCUGCUGCAUUUGCUAUCCACUCCGAGAUCCACAAAGCAAGGCCAGACGUUGAUGCAGCGUGCCAUGCUCAUUCCGUGUAUGGCAAAGCAUUCUCGGUAUUUGGACGAGAGCUUGAUAUGAUAACACAGGAUAGCUUGAGAUUCUAUAAAAACCAUGCCGUAUAUCCACAAUUCGGGGGAGUUGUUCUUGAUCGUGAGGAAGGCAAACGCAUUGCUUCCCAUCUAGGCGACGGCAAAGCAAUUAUACUACAGAACCACGGCCUGAUAACAGUGGGACAAACAAUCGACGCCGCGGCAUUCUGGUUUCUCUCUCUUGACAAAACUUGCCAUGCGCAACUAUUGGUAGACGCAGCAGCCCAGGGGAGCGGCCACAGGAAGACUUACAUUGACGAUGAAGAGGCGCGAGAUAGCUACACGCAAGUGGGUACUCCGGAGAAAGGCUGGCUUGCCUUUCAGCCGUACUACGACGAGAUAUUGGCCAAGACGAAUGGUAGCUUCUUAAAGUAG